GCUACCUUGGUAAAAAAAAAUCUUAUUAUAUAUAUAAAUAUAAUUGAUUUGAGAGGUUGGAAGGGGGAUAGCACUGCUACUCACAACAUCAUAUACAGAAGAGUCCAAUGUUGUCAACAAAAUUAAUGUUGUGGUCACUGCUUUUGUCUGGGUGCUACUUUGCCAUUUCAUGCGAUGCAAACCAACAGGGCGAAUACCUCUAUAAGUUUAUUGAAUCAAAGAGGUUUAAGAAGGCCUCACAUGGAGGAGCUUCAAUUGCUGAAGAUGGUGGUGAUGGUGUGGCCACAUAUUUUUCGAAGGUACAUGUUGUUAAGGAACAAUCUGGGUGGAUGGAAGCAGAUAAAGUGAAGGCUUUGCCGGGACAGCCAAAAGGGGUGGAUUUUGAUCAAUAUGCUGGCUAUGUAACAGUGGAUGCAAAGGCAGGGAGAGCACUGUUCUACUACUUUGUGGAGUCACCUCAAAAUUCUUCCACCAAGCCUCUUGUUCUAUGGCUAAAUGGAGGGCCUGGCUGUUCUUCCUUUGGUUAUGGAGCCAUGGAAGAACUAGGACCUUUUAGAGUCAACAGUGAUGGAAGAACACUGUACAGAAAUGAAUAUGCAUGGAACAACGUGGCAAACGUUAUUUUCCUAGAGUCUCCAAUAGGAGUUGGCUUUUCAUAUUCAAACACUUCUUCUGACUACAUUAAAACUGGUGACAAAAGCACAGCCAUGGACUCGUAUAUUUUUAUUCUAAAUUGGCUUGAGAGAUUUCCACAGUACAAAACUCGAGACUUCUUCAUAACUGGUGAAAGCUAUGCUGGCCAUUAUGUUCCUCAGCUAGCUUACACUAUUCUUACAAAUAAUAAGCUUACAAAUCACACAGUGAUCAACCUUAAAGGGAUUGCGAUCGGGAAUGGCUGGAUAGAUGAUAAUACAUGUACAAAGGGAAUGUAUGACUAUUUUUGGACACAUGCUCUAAACUCUGAUGAGACCCAUGAAGGAAUUGAAAGACACUGUGACUAUCAGAGCGGUAACUUUACAAGUGAAUGCUACCAAUAUCAAAAUAGAGGGAUGGAUGAAAUAGGAAAUAUUGACGUAUACAACCUAUACGCUCCACAUUGUGAUUCAGCUGCAAGAAAAACCGGUGCUAGUCCUGCCACUUACUCGGGAAGCAAUUUCGACCCUUGUUCUGAAGAUUAUACCAGUUCCUACUUAAAUCUCGCUGAAGUACAACAGGCUCUUCAUGUUAAAGCAUUAAAAUGGUCUGCUUGCAGUGGGGUGGGAUGGACAGAUAGCCCAGCAACAGUUCUACCCGUUAUAAAGCGGUUAAUAUCAAGUGGUAUAAGGACAUGGAUCUAUAGUGGCGAUACAGAUGGGCGUGUUCCCAUAACAUCGUCUCGGUAUUCAGUAAAUUCCUUGAAACUUCCGGAGAAGACUACAUGGCGUCCAUGGUACUCUGGCAAUGAGGUUGGAGGAUACGUGGUUGGGUACAAAGGGCUCACGCUCGUCAGUGUACGGGGAGCUGGGCACAUGGUUCCAAGUUUCCAACCACAACGAGCACUAACCAUGAUCACAUUUUUUCUUCGUGGAGAACUUCCUCCUAAAUUAACCCCUUAGGUAUAUUUGGUAAUAUCCUUAAAAUUAAAU